GUGAGCGUUGAAUGCUUAAACUCGUUCAAAAAUAUAAUUUAUCAUUAUUUUUUUAUUGAAAUUGCUAGUUUUUAAUUUUCCGACAAUACAGAAAUUUAUUUCAUAACACUAAGUUUAAAAUUAUUUUUCCAUUUAAUCAUACUCUAGACAAUUGUGUAAUAAAUUUUUAAAAAAAUUGCCCGCCAAAUUUACCACGUGAAAACAUGGAUGAUCUUGCGAUCCGGCUAAACCAUAGGAAAGAACAAGUGAUCAUACUUAACGAAGACAACAUGUUAUUAGACGAUAAAAUGAUCUAUACGUCUCCGCCGAAGAUAUAUCCAUUUGCUAUGGUUCUUAGACUUCGUGUACUUCAGAUAGUUUGUGGCAUUACCGGGUUAGUUAUGGGUAUGGUCGCCACUAUAGAAGAAAAGGGAAAAAUGAACUUGGGCUUAGCCAUACCGGCUGGAAUUCUGACAGUUAUUGCUGCAGCCGGAAGCAUUUACAUGAGCCACGGUUUUAGCGGUUACCGACCGCAACAGUUGUGUGACCCGCGACUACAACCUUUCCGGUUUCUGGGACCCACCAUCCGGUCCGCGGUGGCGCUCACAGUGCUAUGGCUAGCCGCGUGUCUGUUGCACGCCUGUCUGCUGUAUUUUUCAGCACGGUCACUGUUCCGGAACGGACAGAUCGCCGUGCUUGCCACCAUACUCAUUUUGCUCACGUUGCUCACGCUGCUUUCCACUGCUGCGUUGGUGCACAUUGACUGCAAGUACGAUCCCGAUUGACCCGGCCCGGAAGUCCAAGCGCCCACGGCUUCGGUCAGCGUAAUCGGACCUAGCCAUUUAUCCACGGACAGAGCCACUAAAGUGGCAUGGGUUAUAUAAAACCAUAUACCAAAGUAUACUGGUUACGACGAAUGCCACGUGACAAACACUCUGUGCUUAUCACAACAUUAAGUAAUUUAUGUAUUUUAUUGUAUACAUUUACACGAACGUUGUAUAUACAUUUUCAACUAAAUAACGCUUUGCAUUAUUGUAAAAAAUAAAUUACGAUUCCAAAACUUUUUCUCAGCGAUGACCAAAUCUCGAACAACCUCCCUACAAGAAAAUCGUGCUUUUUACGCCUAAAUGUAUUAAAUAUACACAUAUGAUGAUCUCAUAUUAUAUUAUUGGUACCAAAUUAUGCGAAUUGAAUAAAAUACACUACUGCCCUGUUGUCAAACUAUGAUAGCACUUAAUAAUAUAAUUCCCGAAACUACAUUUUUAACAGAUUUAUCAGUAAAAGAAUCUAAAAAAUAUAUUGAUUCGUAAAAAAUAUAACAUCCGUAAUAAGAAAA